AUGGCCAGCGAGACCGACAUGCGGCGCCAUUCGCUGCUUGACGCUCUCGCCGUGCCCGCCCCAAAGCUGCCGCACUUCCACUCCAACACUGCCGCCGAGCUGCCUGCCCUGGCAUCGGUAGCGGAGGACUUGCCGUCUUCGACCAUUUCCCCUUCUUCCGCCGACUACCCCCGGGAUAGCAUCUCCGUAGCCUCUAGCCGUGCCGUUCCGUCGAUAGUUGAACCCUCAGAUGGGUCCGAGUCCCUCCCCGUCCUGGACUACUCUCACAAACACCGACGCUUCUCCAUGCUGAGGUUUCGUAACGCGUCUGAUUCUCAGCUGGCUGCGAAGGCAAAACUUCAUGCGGCGGCACAAAAACCGCCGCCCGUACCGCCUACUCCCGAAAUCAUCACCACUUCCCCAACCUUCGAUUUGCUUGCGCCCCGGAAGAAAGCCUCUCGGAUGAACUUCUCAGCACGAUUUCGACCGUCUGGCGAGCUAUCCAGGACGAGGGAAGCUGAUGAAACGAAUGGCAGACUCGCUCAGCACGGACGGACUCGCCCGAUCCCUGAACACAGUAUAUCGUUCGAUGAAACAAAUCGCCCAGCAUCCUCAAAUGCAGAUGCGCCACUAGCAUAUGGGGAUGGUCACUCUUCAGCGUUGGCACUCCCUCCCAACAGGCUGUCCGAGUCAUCAAGAUCGGACGCCAGCUCGGGAGACAGAGUGCACGGCAGUACCACGAACACCACCCGCACAGUUCAGUCGACGUCGACAUUCUUUCGGCUUCCGCGCAGGAAAAAUAAGCAACCCGAGCCGUUGUUUCCUAUCUCUCACCUUCAGCCAAAGGGCAAGGCCUCUUUUGUCGAAGACUCGAACGUGUCGAGUCCGUCGUUCGUCGCCUCAGCCCCCGGCUCCCCCAACCGAUCUGUCUCCAAUGCCUCGCGGGGUAGCCAAUUCACUCCGACAGCCUCAAGGGCACCGUCAAGAAACGGUGUCACAACCCCACCCCCUCAAAGCCAGCCCACAGCACAUUUGGCUCGGCCCACCGCGUCUCCGGCCACGGCGCUCUUUCGACCAAGCUCAAGGCAGUCGGGGCACUCAUCCCCAACCCGGAGCUAUAUACAUAGACGGGGUAGAUCCUCGACGCUGAGCUCCUUGGGGAGGAACUCACCAAGGGAGUCGGUGGACGAUCACUUGGCUCCUCCCACAACGAGAACCUCGAUAUCGACGGGUCGAAAGAGUUUUAGCGACCUCCUUGGCCUUGGCCGGGCACGGCAGAACUCGGAUAUGGUCCCGUCUCGACAGGGAACGCUAACCCCGAUGACACCUGGCUCCAGCACCUCCAAAAACAACUCUCUACAGCUGCCCCGGGGGUCUGUCACCCUCCCGGAUCGCCGGGAUGAUGAAACCCCGGCAAAGUAUCUUGAGCGUGUGCUAGAAGUAGCCAGCCGGAGUGUGGUAGCAGCUGCCCUCUCAAAGAACACCGACACAUUCUCGCAGUCCGUCUUGCGGAGUUACAUGCGCGGAUUCCGUUUCUUCGGCGACCCGAUGGAUAUGGCACUAAGGAAGCUUUUGAUGGAGGCCGAGCUACCAAAGGAGACACAACAGAUCGAUCGCUUCCUGCAAGCAUUCGCCAAUCGGUACCAUGAAUGCAACCCCGGGAUUUACUCCUCGCCGGAUCAGGCCUACUUCAUCGCCUUCUCCCUCCUCAUCCUUCACACCGAUGUCUUCAACAAAAACAACAAGCACAAGAUGCAGAAGGCCGACUACCUGAAGAACACGCGGGGGGAGGGCAUAUUUGACGAGAUUCUGGAGGUCUUCUACGACAAUAUCACCUAUACCCCGUUUAUUCACGUCGAGGAUGAUUUGGACAUCAAUGGCGAACGGAUCAUCGCUCAAAAGGGUCGGAAGAAAUCCAUAUUUCCACAGGCGGCUCCGGAUCCCGCCAAGAGGGUAGCCAAGGAGCCAGUGGACCCCUACACUCUCAUCAUCGAUAACAAGCUGGAUCUCCUCAGGCCGAAUCUGAAGGAGGUAAUGCAGCUGGAUGAUCCAUACAGCUACCUCGGGACCGCUAAAUCUCUCGACAUGAGGGAGCUUCAAAAUACCUUCUUCAAAACUGGUGUGUUGCAGAUAGUUUCAGCAAGAUCUCGACCUGAUGCUUUCAUGACGGAGAAGACGGCUACGAAUCCGGAAGAGGCUCAUCCCGGCAUUGUGGACAUCAAAAUCACCAAGGUCGGCAUUUUAUGGCGGAAGGAUACCAAGAAGAAGAAGACGAGGUCGCCAUGGCAGGAGUGGGGGGCCAUUCUCACCGGUGCUCAGCUCUACUUCUUCCGCAAUGCCGGAUGGGUCAAGGGGUUGAUGCACCAGCAGAAAGAUCAUCUUAAGAAGGGUCAUGAUGGCGAUCCGUGCAUCUUCAAACCACCUCUCGAGCAGUUCAAGCCGGAUGCUCUGAUGUCAACGGACGGUGCGGUGGCCCUGCUGGAUUCGUGCUACACCAAGCAUAAGCAUGCUUUCGUCUAUGUCAGGCAUGGUGGGCUCGAGGAGGUUCUUUUGGCCGAAGAUGAAGACGACAUGAACGACUGGCUGGCCAAGCUCAAUUACGCCGCCGCCUUCAGGACGUCAGGCGUCCGUAUGCGAGGUGUCAUAGGAGGCAACUAUGAUGGGCAAAGUCGCAGAGCCAUCAGAGGAUCUGGCAGCGGCCAUGUCCAAGUCAUCCAGACUCCCUCGGGUGAGGUGACCGUCACCCGUAGUCGGAUAGACCACAAGAUGGCGCAGGAUAUCAUGGCCGCGCGGCGAGAGUUCAUGCGCCAGAAGAUCGCGGAUGCGGACGUGAAAGUGAAGGAAGCCGAGGCAACGCUGGAAUCUCAGCUGCGCAACGCGAGGCAUCUCCAGAUCCUAGCCCCCAUAUCGCCCAAGACGCGGGAGCACAUGCUGCUAUCUGCGGCGCGGAUGGCAGCUCAGCUCAAGUGGACUCGGAUGGAGAUUUGGAAGCUGAAGUGUCACCGCGACAUUCUUGAAUUUGAUCUUGAGGAGGAGCGCCAGAUGCUCGGCCUGCCCCCGGACGCGAAGUCGGACGUAGCUGGGAAACCUAUCAGCAGGGAGGAAUGCAAGACGAGUCAGGUCACGGCUCCUCAGAAGAGUCCGGCGUCUCCGCCCCAGCUCUCCCUGGCAAGAUCUUCCAUCAUCACUACGAAAUCGGAUGGCGACUUUUCCCCAGUGACCGAGACGUUCCAAACCCCACCAACGAGUGCAACCGUGAGCCCUGAGGAUUCUUGGCUCUCGAACGGCACGGCGGUUGACCACGGUGAUCUCAGAAAGCCGUCGGUUUCAAGCGCAGUCGGAUCGGAGACACCAGUUCCGGCAACGCCGCCCAAGAACGAGACCGCGCCUUCUGCAACUCCGCAAAAGCCCGAAUUCGAGCAGCCAGAUGACGUGGAUGCGGACGAGCGGGACCUGUUGGAGCAAGCCGGGCUCCUUGAACCUGAGAUCUCCCGGAGCUCGAAUCCAAAGAGUGCCAAUGGUGACGCGAACGCGGGAGAGACUCCUGAGCGGCGUGAGCGUGCUUCGAGCGGCGCUGCCGCAGAUCGAGGCGAACGGGGCAAGAUUCGUCGUAGUCUGCAGCGGACACUCAGGGAAAGCGCCGGCCACAUCUCGCACCACCGUCACCGCAGAGGCAGGGACUCGACGUCCAAUGCUACCCUCUCUGAUGACGGUAACCGCGAUGUUCCUGAUGUCCUGCCACGAGGUACCGGGUCCUUCGUGGUGCAUGGCAAGAAGGCCUCUGUAAUUACAUUUGGCAACGAGCUGCAGAUGCAUAGCCUUGCGUCCGAAGAGCGUCUCCGCCAACGGAUGCAGAGGGACGAUGGUGCGGGCAAUUACACUAGUGCGGCGGAUAGCGCCGAUUUUCAGUCGAUCCUUACAGCGCGAACUGUGUCUGACCGCGAGCAUCGCGGAUCAGCUGCCAGCGCGAGCACCGCCACGGCACGGAGCUUCCGGGACUUGCAUAGGAAGUACUCGACGGCCCAUGCCGGCCACAGAAGCAUGGGCGGUAGCCUCGCUUUGCCGUCCGACGAAGACAGCGAUGCCGCAAUUAGCUUUUCAGACGGGCGACACACACCAUUGCCGCCAAUUGAGGGCGAGGAAGAGCCAGCCAGGGAGCCAGCCAGGGAGCCAGCCAGGGAAGGGGAACACAUCGGCAGCGCGAACCUGGAUGCGGUCGAAUACCGCGAAACCAGCCCGUCGCCCAGUCGUGAAGGCCGCAAUACCGUGUUUUUCACCCCUGAACCGCCUUCAACGCCAGUCACUGAGACUUCCCAGGAAAGGGAAACCGAGCAGGUUCCCGAGAGCGGUGACCGUUUACCGAGUCCGCCUCUGCAGUCCGUCAGUGCAUGA